AUGAAAACCAAUCAGCUAUUCUGCCUCCAAACAACCGCCCUCAUCCCUAUCGCCGACAUCUUCCUGGUCGGCCAAACAGCUGCCCUCGCUUGGGAAAUGCCCACUGACCCUGCCAUCUUCCAUAUGUUCAAAGGAGAGAAGGUAGCUCAGCGUAGGAAUGACCAUCAGAAGAAUACCUACUACCUGAACAAGCAGGGGGAGGUUAUAGCCAAAGUGCCUUAUAAAAGAAAACCCAUCAACCCAGUAUUCACGAAAAGAAGCAUUGAAGACAAACAAACUUACAAAGAGAAGUUAAAAAAAAUUAAAAUCGAUCGUGCGAAAAUGCACGAGACUCAACUAAAGAAAAAUUAUUUAAAGAAACAUCAUCUAGAUAAAAGAGCCAUAGAAUUCCAUAGAAACAGCCGGUUGAGUUUACUAGAGAAGCUAGAAACUUUCUACAGUGCGUAAGUACUGUAGGUAC